AAAUUCAGCGGAAUGAUAGGUGAACUGCAGAGUGAUCUGGCGGAUCUGGGCGGCACGGCACUGUUCCUAACAGCGGAUCGUAUCAAGGAGAUCGAUUACCUCUCGAUGACUACCCAAUCGCGGGUCAAAUUUAUCUUCCGUUCGCCGAAGCUAUCGUUCACGGAUAACGUAUUUCUGCUUCCGUUUAGCGCAUCGGUUUGGAUUUGCAUAAUCAGUUUCAUUGUGAUCUCAGGAGUUCUUCUGUUGAUCAUCAUGAAGGUCGAGCUGCGAUGCACUAAUGUUCGUUACGGGAAUGUCAUCCGGCCGAAUGUGAUGGACACGGUCAUGAACAUGUUUGGGACCUCGUGUCAACAGGGAUCGUACCUGGAGCCGAAAUCGCUUCCGGCCAAAUGUUUGAUCCUGUUGAGCUUGAUCAUCCUGAUGUUCUUGUAUGCCAGCUAUUCAGCCAAUAUUGUUGCGUUGAUCCAGUCGCCGUCGAACAAGAUCAGGACGUUGGAGGAUUUAUUGAACUCGCGACUGGGGACUGGAGCUGAAGAUACCGUCUACAAUCGGUACUAUUUCAUGCAUGAAACGGAACCGAUACGGAAAGCGAUUUAUGAUCGGAAAAUGAGAACUCGCGAUGGAAGCUGA